AUGGCGCGAGGAACCAGCAAAAUUCGUCUCUACGACAGAGACGUUUUUCCUGCAGCAACCGAGGGUCCUGCUAAUGUAUUUUCAAGUAUACCAUUUCUUCUAGUGAAGUCCAGGUAAGAAACUAAGUAACAGAAUCGUCAAACGAUCUUUUCCCGCCAAAACAGUUGCUGUUUUCGUCCUAACUCUCUCAUUACUUGUCAGAAUGGCGAAUUAUUUGAAGCCUUCCAGCUAGACUUCAAAGCUCCUUUAAGUAAGCUAAUGCUCAAGUGAUUAUUUUUGUUAUGUCAGGUUAUUUUCAAGUUAUCGCUGAUAAGGGUUUGAACGAGGCCGUGCAGCAAGAACCCUCUUUGGGUUUUACAAAAUUGAUCUUAUCUGUCGACUAAUAUGUAAUAAUUAAGCUUAAACGCCUUUAGGUUUUUAUUGGAAGCUGAAAUUGAAAACAGAUCAAAAUGCUUCAAGAAAAGAUUCAGUGUUUUCUUUAUUUAAUCAAAACCUUGACUAAAUUAAGCUUAUUUCUUUCAGUUUUUUGGUUGUUUGCGGGACAAAUAUUAAACUGUCUUACCCGUUGUCUUAAAGGUUGAUAAGACUGCAAUGCACCAGUCAAUUCCAUAACCGCCCAUCUCCCCCCCCCCCCCCCCAGGGCGUACCCCGGGCAUUUGACCAGAGUUUUGCUCCAUACAGUGGGGAAUUUGACCCAAAGUGGGGCCUGCCCAGUUGGGCAUUUGACUUGGGGGGGGGGGGGGGUACUUUAGGAAUUUCUGGGUGAGGAUGUGCCGCUGGGACCCUGGAACCCUUAACCUAUACCAGAGCUAGUUCAGCUAAAUUUUGCUUCCCUGUACUAGAGUAAACUCCCUAAAUCUCCUCUAUCCUAGAGUAGCUGUUUCCCUAGUCCAGAUAAAAUCUUCAACCAACUGAUCAGUUUCCAGAAAAAUGAUACCCUUUUCUAGACCCAAAUGUUCUGAUUUAUAUACCCUAUUCUAGAGUAAACUGCUUGAAAACCAUACCCUUCACAGCGGCACAUACCUAUAUAGCUCAUAUAUGGCUCAGAAUGCAUCAUUGACAAUAGACCACUAGAUCGAGCACUAGUUGGAUUUUACUAAUAAAAUAUUAUUACUGUGUUUAAAGGUGGAUUGCAGAUGAUGCAGCACAGGUCUGCCCUCUUUGUUCGCAGAAGUUCACCCAGAUUCGUAGAAAACACCAUUGUCGUCAGUGUGGCCAAGUCCUUUGUAGCAAGUGCUGUAAUGAGAAGGUAAAGCAGCAGUUGUAUCUUUCCCUUACAAGACACUUUAACCCUUUAAGCCCCAAUAUCCACAUACAAAUUCUCCAAACUGAUCUCUAUACAUUUUCUUAAAGAAUAAGUUGAGAGAAUUUGAUGAAAGAUCAAAGCAUUUUCUCUUAGGUGAUCAAUUUAUUAAUUAUUAUUAUUAUUCUUAUAACCAACUCUCUUGACAAUCAAUAGAUAUGGUUAGGAGAAAAUUGAUCUUGGUCACCAUUGGGACUUAAAGGGUUAAAGGGCUAUGUACGUCAUGCUAUUUACCCCAGCUUUAAGAUGAAUGCCUUACUGAUCGCUAGUAAGAUGCGCACUUAGUCAAAUUUGCACACUAUGCAUGCCCACUAAAAUAAUAGUGUCUUCAAAUCCUGCCAGCUCAAAGCAAGAAUUUUUGCAUUUGUUAAAUUGUGUGCUCUGAAUGCUUUGAAUGAGUUGCCAUCUUUGACCAAAUUUAUAUCAUGGCAGGGAUGAGGUCUGGUAAUGUCGGGUGGUCCCUGGAGGCCUGGCAACAGUGCUUUUGGUUUUGGGUGACAAAUAAAUCUUAGUGUCUGCACACAACUUAUAUAAUGGGGUGUCUGAAUUUCCUAAUUUAAGGGGCCCAUUUGUCCAAAGUUCGGAUAACUUUUUGUGCCUGAAAUCAAAUUAAGGUUCAAACCAGAAUCUACAGUUAACAAUUACAGAAUAAAAGUGUAGUCCUCACUAGUCCUCACAAGUCUAUUAUAGUUAGUUAACUGAUACAAGUAGGUUUGUCAUAUUAUCUCCAAAACUGUUGUAACCUUGAACUUGAAUAUAAACAACAACAGCUUUCCUGGCCCAAAAAUUAUCGUGAUUUUCAAGAAACAUGGGCCCCAGAGCUUUUCAGCUCCCAACAAAUAAGAGCAUAACCUUGCAAUGUAAGAAUUGGGAUGCCAGCCCACACGUACAUAAGAACAUGUAGGUGAUUUUGUUUUUCACAAAUAAUUUAAAAUAAUAUCAUAAUUUGUAGGUUCCUCUUCCACAGUUGGGAUUUGAAGAGCCAGAGAGAAUUUGUGAUAAUUGUCUUGAAGUCACAUCUCUUGUGACCAAAUCAAGGUCACUCCAGAUGGUGAGGUUUUAUUAAUGAACUUAAUAUCCCAGGUACCAGAUUGGGGGGAGGGAGAGUGGUAUGUUAAUUAUUGUGAGCAAUAUAAAUGCUUGUCUUCAUUGUUGAAAAGAUGUUUUGUGAUUUACCAUAGUGUACAAAAUACCUUUGUAGUAUUCUUAUGGUAGUAAUGCUAUGCUUGGUUCUACCUGGUUUUGCUUGUGAUUUGUUGUUUUCUCUGUAAAUUUGAACUCAAGCCACAGAAAAAACUCUGUACAUUGUGAGUCAGAUAUUACAGUAUGUCUAACAGAUUGAUUAAUGCGAAAUAUUUCCUUGUUUUUGUCCAGAAGAGGCUCUGAUUUGUUUUUGAUUUGGAUUUUUGUAACAAUUUCUUCCAUGCUGUCUGACUGAAUUUGACAUUUAUUAAGACUGAGGGUCACUUUAAUAAGGCCUUACUUCCUUUCAUGCUUGUUAGAAGUAAGAACUUAAUGACCCAAUUCCUGGUUACGGGAUGGUUCCUGGUUGGUUGGACAACAAAGAACAAACCACAGCAAACCCCCCAGUUUGAUCUCUUUCUUUAUUCGCAUUAGUUGAUCUUGACUUUGUGUUGAGGUUGUAACAAAAAAUUGUGAGUUGUGCGUUAAUUUCUGUUAGUAAAGAAGACUUUUUGUUUCAGAUAUUGACUAGUUUUAGUUGUGUUUUUUCCUAGUCAUUCAAGCUGGAGGCAGCUAAAGGUCUUUCAGAAUUGUGUAAGGACCCUGCUGGACUAACAAAGGUGAAAAAGAGUUGAUUUUCAAUUCUACAGAAACAAAAUUACUUGCAUUAAAUAUCUGUGUGAAAUGUAAGAAUUCUUUGGUGUGACUGAUACAAAUGAAGUUAAUGGGACUGGCCCAUCGAAUGUUUUCUUAACAUCUAUGUCUGGAUUUCGAAUGAAAUACCAUGUCUUGUGCUUAUGGUAAUUUUCAGGAAAAAUAUGCAGGGCCCAGUGUUUAUUCCAGGUAUUUUCUAGAGUGGUACAGAUGGUGGGAUGUAAGAUAUCCAUGCAAGGAGAGCAUACAACAAUGACUGCAAAUGUCAUUCCAAACUCAUUGCCCUUUGGGUGGCAAUCCUUUCUUUUCAGAGGACCUAGCUUUGUCAUUGUAUGGGUAUUUAUACAACACCUGUAGCAUGAUAUCACACACCAUUUGCGGUACUCAACAUUCAUGUGUCGUUAGUUUAACCCUGGUUAGUAACAUCUGGUCUGCAAAGCAGUGCCAAGAUCCUAGUUCUGACCCCCAGCGGACUCAACAAAUUACCAGAAGUGCAUUUCGAAUUUCCCCUCAACCUGACUGGCAAAUGGACAAUUUCAAAUCCUGGUACGUGGGUGUGGGCUCAGAACCACAAUUUCAGUGCUGGUGUGUAGACAGACUUAACCAGAGGUUGAAUUUUGUGUGUGGCAGAGGCUAUGUGUUGACAAUCAGUUGACUUUACUUAUCAGGUUGUUGAAAUGGGCGGAGUCCAGACACUGAUAUUUCUCAGUCAAAGUGGAAAUGACGAAGUAAAAGUAAGUUCAUAUAGAUCUACCGGUACUAUAUUUUAUGGUCACUUUUUGGCUGUGUUCACCUGGCACUGGAUAAAUUUUCAACUGGUUUCUAGAGAAACUGUGUGUUUAGGUAUUCCAUUCACGCGGAAACACCUCCACUGCAAGAAAAUUUAGAAGCCUAGUCGUUCAAAUUUCCAUGUGAACAGAAAAAAAAUAUUGAAUGGUCCUGUGUGAACGAAGUGUUCCGUCAAAUUUUUCAGCGGUAAAAAAACUUGUUCAGUGCCGUUUGAAUGUACCCUUGUUUAACUGCUGGGCUUUAUUUUCAGUUUUACUUGUUACAAAUUAUUGCAAACCCUAAAUGAAUGAGACUGGCUAAGGUUGUUGAGAGUGUAGGCUAAAUACGAAUGCCAUCCCAGUGCUGUGUUGAUUAUGAAUGCUGUGCUUGCAAUUAUAAAUGGCAACAGCUUCUUGGUGGUUUGUUUUAUCAGAGUUCUGCUGUUAUCUUCCUGUUUUUAACCUCAACCUGUGUUGCUUCUAUUGUAGGCUGCAGUUGCUUCAGGACUUCAGAUACUUUCCACUCAUCCCCCGCUACAUUCAAUGCUGGCCAAGUGUGGUGGCAUUAAAGCGUUGUGUAGGUAGGAUAUACACUAUGUAUGUGCUGUUUAGUGAAGUUCAAUUCAAUAUUGUCACUGUGAUCAUAUUGAUUCCUGACAAAAGGCCAGAGAUCUCAACCAUUGUGGGGAUUGCAGUGACCAUUAUUGGAAGCAGCCUAGAACUGAAGCCUAGAUCUCUCAGUGGUCAGUUGCAAUGAUCGCUGUGAUUGCUACGAUGGUGGUUCAUAGACAUGUUUCCAGUUAACCUUUUGUGAUUGCUGAGCUUACAUUCAGUGUUCCAAGCUAUCACAUUAAGCUGUGGAGCUUAUCCUGGUUUCCUUAGCAUGAAGCAUGCUCAGGAGUAUUGCUAUUCAUUCCCCCCUGAACGGGAUGCUAGUCCAUCGCAUGGUUACCCCCCAGCAGUAUGUCACUAGUACCCAUUUAUACACCUGGGUGAAGAGAGACAAAGUGGAGUAGAGUUCCUUGUCUAAGGAAACGCGACGGGUGAGGCUCCCAGACCUCCAGAUUAGGAGUUUGAAAUGUGCUAACCGCUAGGCCGCACACGCCUCCAUAGCUAUAGUGUGGUCUAUUCUAAUUUGAUUUCAUUCACUAAUUUUCUGCAGCAUUCUUUCAACUGUCAAUGAGAGUCAGGAGCAGACACUGAUUGACGGGAUCAGUGCUCUGAUGAUAUUUUGCAAGUCACCUGAACUAAAAGCACAAGGUCAGUAAAAGAGGUGUUCUUCCUAAAACUUAAUAAGACUUUUUCAUUAAGUUAUAACAUUACCAAAAUCAUUAUGUUGCAGGGAUUCCCCCUGACUGCUACAUGACCCCUGGCUGCUUUUAUUAAUAGAUAUAGGAUUAAAAGAAACUUCCUAGAUAUUCAAUUCCCUAACUAUACACCCAGCAAGUUGAAAUUUUAGUGACAGUUCUUUUGUUUUACAUCAAACUUGACCAUCUCCUUGUAAAUGAGAGAAUUUUGAGAUAAAGGAUAUGUUUUAAGGUGGACAUAUAACGGCUUUAUGUUUCGUUUUCAAUUCUUUUGUCUUUUAGACUUAAAAGGAAAACUAAUCAGGGUGCUUUUUUUCUGUUUUUUAGCGUUAGCAGAUGGUGCACUAGAUCCAGUUCUAACUGUAUGCGCAAUGAAAGAAGCUUUAGCACUUCUUGCUUUAAUGACACUGAGUCACAUUGUCGAACAUCAGGGGAACCUUGCACCCCUUAUAGAGGUCAGCAUUGAUUUUGCGUUCUGUUCCUUUUAACCUAAUAUCCACAUACCUGUAUUCUCCGCACUGUUCUCUAUACAUUUCAUGGAUCAAUCAUUAUACACGUUUUUGGGAAACUGCCCACCUACCCCUCCCCUAAGCCAACAAUUUGCCCUAAGUGAAAAGUAAGUGUUAAUGUUGGCAUAGGGGAGGGGUAGGUGGGCAGUUUUCCAGAAAUGUAUAAUGAUCCCAUUUCCUUUGGAGCUGGUGAGGCGAAUUUGUUUAACAAUCAAGACAUUUUUUUUUUUUGGUGAUCAUUUGCUAUAUACUCAUCACCUUUACAUGUGGUCUAGCAGUGAUAUACUUGGGACAAAAUGUGUGCUAGUCAUUCUAAGUUAGUUUAAGGUGUAUAUGGAUGUUGAACGUUAUCAGUAUUGAGUUCACUAUAGUGAAACAAGGCAGGUUUUAAAUUUUCAUUAGUAAUUAACAUAAAAUCAAAUAAGAAGCAAUUUUCUUUUCUGCAGAGUAACAGGAACGCACUACCAAGAAUUUUAGCAUUGACAAAGGCACAAGAUGAAAAGGUACAUUUUAAUGAAACAGUAUAUAAUCCAAACUACAGCUCAUUGCUGUUAUUAAAAUAUGAAAAUAUAUCUAGACUCUUGUUUUAAUGAGCGUCUUCGUGUAGUAAAAUGUUGAGUGUCAGGUGCACUGUCUAGGUUCUGCUUAUUUCUUCGUCCAUAACAUCUUAUAACAUCUUACAAAGAGGAACAGUAAAAGAAACUGAAUUUUAAACAUCUGCUCUGUUAUGUUUAUUAUGUACUAAUAGUAAUACCAUCGCACCUCCACAUGCAACCUCCUCCUGUAAGCAACCACCAAACUUUCCCAGUCAAAGCCCAACCGUAAAUCCUCUAUUAAGCCCCCCUCUCAAAUAAGCCCCUUCUUCUCUCUAAUGAGCCCCCCCUUUCCAGCAGAAAAAAGUUAAUAAGCCCCACCCUCCCCCCCACUAGAGUCUCCGUGAGUGUAGCCUGAUUCUAAGAUGUCCGAGGUCAUUCGUGGCCCCUUCAUUUCUCUCACUCUGUGUGCCUAGUCAUGUUCAUGACGUCAGAGAAGUGAAGGGGCUGCGAAUGACCUUGGACGUCUAAGAAUAAGGCUACCCUGUGAGUUGAUUUUCAGAAAUGAUCACCUCCCAUAGGUGACAACUUAGACUUUCAAAAAAGUCCUUCAUUGAAUUUAAUUGGCCUAAAAAAGCUUGCUUCACUUGCCAAACUCAUGAGGUCAACUUGUACCAAGUCUAGUGACCACUUAAUCCUUGCAUUUUGGGUGGUGGCUUACAGGAGGUUUGGCUGUAUUAUUGUUUUUAGAUUCAAGAAAUAUCAUUGAGGAUUUUGGCACAGAUGUCUGUUGGAACAGAUUGGCAGAGGCACUGCAUCGUUCAGGUAGAGACCACGAUGUUUGUGAUUGACGGUCGGAGUAAACUUAUGAUGCAAAAAUUUUUAUUUUUUUAUGAAUCUUUGAUACGAUCAUAGUCUCUGCUCUCUUUAGGAAGACUUCUCAGCUGGGCGAUGCCUUGUGGAAGCUCUGACAAAAGGACCAAAAAAUCUGCAAGUAUGACGGUUAUACCACUUGUUUUCAAUAGUUGGAAAUAUGGGAGAACUGACUAAAAUUACAUGACAUGAUACCAUAAAUCCUCUAUCAAGCCACCAGGAGGCUUAUUUAUUUCAAGCAUGCUUACAGGGGGCUUAAUAGAGAGGGAGAGCUUACUAUUUGACAGGGAGGCUUAUUUAAUUUAACAAAGACGACAGUAUCAAUAAUUUUCAUAAAACCGAGAAGGUAAUAAAAGUCGAAAAGCUCAGGCACAUGAAGUUGGAGGUCAUGCAGCCAAAGCUAAAAAAAAACUAAUUAAAACUUCCAGCUCGUGAAUAAACCAUACCAGGUCAGUCCACAUGAGGCAUACAUGCCAACUCUCCUGGAUUAUCCGAGAGUCUCCUGGCUACGGCACUGAUCUCCCGCUCUCCCAUACAGGUCAUCAGAUCUCCCUGAUAAAAUUGACUUUUAAGCUAUUCUGUGCCUUAGUGUGAAAUUUAGCCCCUUUUUUUCUCAAAAUUCAAACUUUUUUAUUCAUUGUAUGGUUUCUUGGACAUUUUUGCACCUUUUUAGUGACUGACAAAGAUUAUUUCAUCAUUAUAAUGAUGAAAGCGAAUUUUGAUAGCAUGUACUUCUUCAUAAAAUGUCCUAAGCCCUGGCAGCUGGGUCAAUUUGUGGGCGGGGGUGGGGUGGGGGGUGUUGGGUGGUGUAGUGCAAAGUAGAGAGUCUCCAGAUUCCAGACCUUGGGAUGUUGGCAUCUCUGGUGAAGUGUUUCAGCCAGGAUUAAUUUUAAAUACAGUGUAUCAUUUAAGAAUAAAGGGGGUAGGGAAGGGGGGUGUUCAACAUCUUUCUUUCUCUGUAAAUGGGAGGGCCUCAUUAGAUAGGGGGAGUUAUUUGAGAGGGAGGAGGGUGGGGACUUAACAGAGAAUUUACAUUGAUUUAACAUAAUAAUAUUAAUAAUAUUAUUAAUAUUAUAUUUAACCAGAUUCAAUUUGUCUUUCUCAAGGUUCUAGUGAAUGCUUCAUGUCUGAUUGCAAAUCUCGCAACGGGAGACCAAGACCAGGUUUGUUAUGUUUACCAGGCAUAACAAUAUUAUUUAGAGACUUGAUAUAAUGUAGCCCUAAAUUCAUUCUACUAAGCAGUACUUUUUGUGUCGUAAUGUUUAUUAUGCUAUACAAGGUGAUUCUAACUUUUGAGCAACUACUUUCCUGUGGUACUGUUUUUUUUGUACUGUAAAAGGUACAUAAUAUGUAGUCACUGCCACUUGUAAAUGUAGUUCUUUGGUGGGACCAUUCAAAUGAAAGCUACUGAGCAAUACUUUUUUGUGGUACAGUUCAUUGAUAAGCUAUUCAAGGUGGUUCUAACUUCUGAGUCUGUGAACAAAUUCCUUAAGCAAGCCAAGGCUAAAGGCAAUUAAGCUCCCGUCAACAUGGACGUGCAUGCAAUAGCUGGGUUCAGCAGUACUUUCACCUUUCACUACACACGUAAAUGUCGUAGUUAAUAUUUUAUCUCAGGUAAUUUUUGUUUUUUCUUUUGUUUUUGGGUAUGGUAAUGUAUGCUAAUGAAGUUGAGACAAAAGAAAAGUAAAAAUUACCUGAGAUAAAAAAUUAACUACAGCAUAAAUUUUACUUUGUGAAGUAUUUUUUUGCGCUUGAGUAUGAAGUGCAUGUGGGAAUUAGUGCUGAUUAUUGUUUUUAUCUUAGAUGUCCCUGCGUGAUUGUUUACAAGCCAUGUGUUCAUUGACCUCAUCACAUACAGCACACAAAGAUAUUCAGGUAUCAGAAUAAAAUGUACCUUUACAUGGUACUGAAUUAAAGCACAAAAUUACUUAGUAACUUGCCAGUAUAUAAGUGCAAAAUUAAAAGCCUUCCAAAAAUGACAAAUAUCUAUGUUGUUUAAGUGUAUGAAAAGUCACGUACAAUUUCUCAGAGAACAGCAACCUUAAGAUAUAGGCUGGUCACUACCGUCGAGGGAUUUGGACACUUAAUUGACUACAACGACAGUUACAUUAAUAAUAAUUAAUUUCUUUAUAUGUUUAAUGCCCCAAUACAUUUGACAUGUGUGCUACAAAUAUGUCACAAACUUCAGGGAUGAAGAAGAGAUGACUGGCUCCCUGAAAACAGGGUAAAACUUAGCUUUUUUUGUACUUUUUUAUGGAUACACUCACCCAAAUAAAAAUCUAAUUUAGUUAUUGAUAAUUGCCAUUUGUAUGUUUGUUUAUAUUAUGAUAGAAUUAGUUAUCAAUGGAGUCUUUUCCUUUGAAUCAGUCCUUUUUUCAUAUUUCUGUCCAAGAGCACAGAUAAAAAUUAAUAAUAUUCUGCAAUCCCUUAAUUGGUUUUCGUUCCAUUUAAGCUGGUACAUGUACCUUUAGAGGGUGUAUGCUACAUUUAAUUUCAGUUAAAAUCUACUAGAAUUACUAUUUAGUAUCAAUUUUUAAUGCUAUUUUUGGGUUCUUUUCCAUUAGGAACAUUUUAGUAUUUUUAAUUACCUUUUAGUUAUAGUUUUUCUAAGCAAAUGACUUUUAAUUAUUGAUCUGUUCAAUUUAACUCCCAGACCCAUGUAUCCAGAGGUCUUGGAAACUUUGCAAAGUUCCAUCAAAAUUCUUCAAUCCUGGUAAGAUUUUACUGGAUUUAAAAAUUAAAAAUCUCAUUUUUGCCAUACCUGCCAAAUCUUCUCUAUUAAGUCAUGUUCACACCUGCAGGUUGAAAACUUCAAUCUUACACUAGCUCACAAAUGUAUAAGAUAACUGUGCUUUUCAAAAAAACUCCAAAGUUCAAAAGCCAACUAAUGUUUUCGUUCUUUACUGCCGUCAAUCAUUUUGUUCAUUGCCACCAUCAAUCAUCUUAGCGGACCUCUAGGGAAACAGACCUUUGCCUCAUGUCAAUGAGUUUAAAAGGUCAUAGUUUGUCAUUUGUAAUUGGUUGUUUUCAAUCCCUUUCGUUAGUUUUCUGUGUUUCGAGGUUAGUUGCUUGUUAUUCUAAUAAAUAAUGAUUGACAAGCGUAGAAAACACAAUAAAAUUAUUGUAAGCUGGCUUUUAAAGUUCAGACAGAGUUCACAUGUUGUUGAAAAGUGCAGUUAUAUAAAAUGAACUGCAUAGAACCAAUGUGAAAUUCCAUGUGAACGUUUUGUCCCUUCCCUGAAAUCUGAAGCUAAGAACUUCAGAAAUCUUUGGUAGAAGAGUAAUCAUGUGUCUUUGGAAAAUCCUAGCACUAACAGGAUAAAAAUCUCAUGCCUCGCGUCCAUAAAAAGUGGCAUUUAUAUAAUCAUAUGUUGCGGUAUUAAGAAGGUAGUUUGAUUUUUAUUGGUCAGUGCUAGAUCCAGACCUUGAGAUGGGGGGGGGAUCAUCCAGACCCUUAGAUAAGGGGAAGUGGUCCCCCCAUAUUUUUCGUCCCUUCGGGCCUCAGUUUCGUCUGAAAAUUUAGGAGGGCCCCCCUCCCGUGGAUCCGCCACUGCUGAUAUCUAAUUUUUCUCAUUUUUCAGAUCGACUAUCUUCCAAGCAUUGUAGAGACACACCUUAAGGUAUUUGUUAUAAUACAAGAUGCUUUGUUUUCAAGGAUGAGUGGUAGCCUUUUGCUCCAAUGUUAGCAUUAUGUUUGUAUAGUCAACAGAUAAUGCAAUCAAGUGCCAUGGCCUUAGGACGGUCAUGUAUCUUAUCAGUUAUCAGAAAGAGAGAGCUGUGGAUGUGUUAUUAAGGUAUGGACAUCGUGGAUGUUGUUGAUUAAACACUCCUGGCCUCGAUCGUUCAAGUAUUGGAUAGCAAUCACCAUCGGAUCCAGUGGAUAAGUAUUAGGAGAGCCAAUUGCGCCAUCCACUGAAUAGAAAUUUAUAGAAAUAAAUUUAUAGAAAUUAUUUAUCCAGUAGAUAACACUAUCCACCUUUUGAACAACUGGGGCCAGUUCUUAAACCAAAAUGACAACAAUUUUUAUAUUAAAAGAGUCAGAGCAAUGAUCAUUAAUUUUAACAUUUAAAAACAGUUCAUGUGUGGCUUUGUUGUAAACCUUUUCUAAGAGCACCAUGUACAGUUUCUUAAAUGCUUUUCUUGCUGCUUUUCAACAACAUCAAUCUGAAUUUUUGGCCUUGUUUUCUUGAUAUAGUUUACUGAAAAUUAAAUGCUGUGUUGAUUCGAUUAAACGUUGCAGCGUUUAUUAAAUUUUUAACAUUUCCAGUGUGGCAUUUAUUCGAGGGCAGGAUUUAUUUCUAAAUCACUUUUUUUUUUAAGUAUCACUGACGACAGUUUUUGUAACUUGUUUGUAAAUAUUAUUUAAUGUGAAGGUUCUAAUGUCUCCCUUAUUUUGCUGAGAUAGAAUAGGAAUUGUCUGGAUGGUGUAAAUUACAAAGUUGUAACAAGGUUUUUCUUAUUAUCCUCGAGUAAAUGCUACAUUCCUUUGAUUAGGUGCAGCGUUUAUUGGUAAUUUUGCUUCCAUCUGUGGCGUUUGAUCUUGGGUGGCAUUUAUUCAAGGGUGGUAUUUAAUCGAAUAAAUACGGUAAUCUCGAUAAUGGUCAUAAUUAUUAAUUAUCAUUAAUUAGAUUAAAGGGCACAUACAUUAAUCUGCAAAUUCAGGCAAUUUUGAGGCAAUAAAAGUCACCUUAAAUUUACAUCAGCCCUUUCAAACCAAGUAUUGUAACAGUUGUAAAUUUUUUGUGAUACAACUUACCUCAUUUUGAACACAUGCGUGAGAUAUGUACUUGGACCUUGAAAGAUUUCAUGGGCUUAGUCAGCAUGUGUCUUAAUGUUUUAAUUUUCAUUGCCAUUUUCAGGGAAGGUGCUCAUGAAGUUCUCACAAGUCUUGGCACAUUCAAUGGAAUUGUUGAUGCAGUUGAAACUGGUUUGCUUAAAAUUGUACCCACCCUUAGUGAUUGUACUAUUACAAAGUGAUAAAUAGCAUUUUGGACGUGACAUCUGUAUAUUUUGAAUACUGAAUAUUCUAAUAGUUAGUGAUUAUAUAUAGUUAUUGUCAAUAUUACAUUUUUACAAAUUUUAUAUUCAUGACUUGUAGACAUCUCACUAAUUUAAGGACAGACACUUUGAGUUGAUCUCUGCCAUGUCAAGCUUAAGGAUUUUCUUUACUUUUCACCCUUUAAACACUGACUUCAAAGUUCAAAUUCUCAUUUGUUGUCCCUGAACAUUUCCUGUAGGAUUAGUGGGGAGAUGUUGUAAAAGCAUCAGUUAAAUUCACCUUGUGGGAUCAUUUUCGUUAAUUCCCCUGACUACUCUGUCUAAUAAAGCAAUAAUUAUUGAUAUUAUCAGGGAAAAUCAUAAUGUGAUGCUGAUCAAAUAAAAAAAAUGUAGCUAGCCAGGAAACUAACUUGCCCAAGGCCAAAAACUACUUGUCCCGGACGAAUGUACAGGACUUUUUUAAGCCUUGUUACUCCAAGAGGUUUUUCUCUCCGGGGUGUAAUGGUUUUCCCCUGUCUUAAAAAACCAACACUUCCAAAUUCCAAUUUAACCAGACUCACAGAGACUCACAAACCUGCUCUAAACAGGUUUCCUUGGAGUUUCUAAUUAAGAGUUUUGUAGGUAAACAAAUUACAUUUUAGAUUACAUUAUUUUAAUAAAUUAUUAUUACAAAUUACAUUUUUAUAAUUGAUGGACACUUAGAGCAGCUGGUCCCUAUAGUGUCCAUUUUAGAGAGAGGUCACUUAGAUCAUGAGGCUUUGUCAUGUUGACCAUUGCUUAAUGUUUUUACUGUCAAUUGUCCAGCGAAAAAAAUCUCAAAAAAUUGCGUUACUUGUCCAUGGCUACAAUUCCGCUCUGUGCGAUACCGUCGAAAAUUUCAAGGUUGUCGGCAAACUAGGUGCACAGGCAUCCUAUGCACUAAAAAACGCAUUUGUGCUGUGUAGCCUGUUGGCAGUAUUCUGGUUAUUGUGUUAUUUUUGAUUGAAGUCAGAAAUAAGGUUGUACAAAUAGUUUUAUGAAUAAAUGUAUGAGUCGUUUUUAUUUUUUAUUAAUUUAGUGAUUAUUUAGCUUGGACAACUAUAUAUAAAAAGUCCAGUGUAUGAUUACAUCUGUUGUUGGUUGAAUCAAUUUUGAUUCAGAGCUUUCUUUGUUUUCUAGCCCUAAUAAUUCCGAGCAGACAAAAAAAUUUCUGGUAUGACAGAUUUUUCCUACAUGUACAAAAGUCUUUUCGCUGGACGAACAUAUUCAACUUACACGAUAAAAAGUGUGUCAAGCAUUUGAGCUUUGGUGUUGUUAGUAACUGUCAGGACAACAUGAGGGGGUAUGUUUGGGUGCUGGAGCUAUUGUAGAAAAUUCAAAGGG